ACUCUUUUGUGAUGUUUCACUAUUUAUAUUUAUAUAUAAGAAUAGUUUUAUGGUCUUGUUCUCCUCCUCAUAUGAAUAGUUUGAGUUUUCUCCACAUUAAUAACCUUGUUUUGUUUCUAGAUCUCUCUGGCCUUUUUCCUUGAAACUAUGGAGACAAGAAGGUCAGAGGGAAAAAGAAGUUUGAAGUACAAAGAGGAUCAUGAGGAAGAAGAAGAAGAGGAAGAGGAUACGGAUUUUGAAGAGGAAGAGGAUGGUAGAAGGAAGAGGGUAGUGACAGAUCUCUAUAGCAAGAGAAGUUCCAAAAAAGCUGGAAGCUCAAACAUUCCACCUUGUUGUCAAGUGGAGAAUUGUGAUGCUGAUCUUAGUGAAGCUAAGCAAUAUCACCGGAGACAUAAGGUUUGUGAGUAUCAUGCCAAAGCACCUGCCGUACACAUUGCAGGGUUGCAGCAAAGGUUUUGUCAGCAAUGUAGCAGAUUCCAUGGACUAUCUGAAUUUGAUGACGCAAAAAGAAGUUGCAGAAGGCGUUUGGCCGGGCAUAAUGAGAGGCGUCGCAAAAGUGCAAUUGACUAUCAAGGAGAAUGAUUUCAUGGUUGAAACAAAAUCUCAGGUUCAAGCCCUUCGUAUGUUGCUGGUCUCUAAGGAUAGACCAAUGCUCUCUAUCUUCUGUCAAUCUUUUAUCUAUGUAUGCAAUGAUUUCUGUUUGCUGCUAGUUACAUCUAUCUAUGUCAUGUAAUAUUUAAUUUUCUCACUUAGACUACUUAUCAUUAAAAUCAUGCAUGAACACAUGACAUUUGAAUUUUGAAA